AUGGCAUCGUGUUACUAUGCAACACUAGUUGGCGGUCAGUGUGGACCUAAUUCGUACAAUCCUUCUAUUGUAGAAUGCGUAACAAUCAAGGAUUGUAAUAAGGACAUUUUAAACCAUUGCUCACAAUAUAAAAUUAGUAACGAUUGUGGCCUGUCUGGAAGUGAAUCAAUGUUACUUCUUGCUCGUGCAGGUAACUUCACCGAAUUUAAUGUUUAUUUUUCAUUCUUUGACUUUGUUAACUUACUGUUUGCAAAUUUUAAAGAUUGUAACUAAAACGUAUCGGUAUUCUUUAGGAAUUUUUGAAAUCGACGAGUCAUACAUGAAGAUGACAGGUGUCCUUUACAUCGAGAUUUGUAUGGCAUUCGCUGGAGGUGCAACAAGACCAGAUGCUCAAUUCGAAAUGACCUUGCAGCACAUAAAUCUUUAUCCGUCAAAGCUCAAUGUGGACUGACAACUUUAUUAUCAUCUUUUAUUUUUAACAAGACCAAGAUACUUAUUCCUGUGGGAACAGGUACGAGGUUAAUUUAUUCAAUACAUCUAUUUCCUGCGUAUAAGGUCGGCAGGAAACGUGAGAGAAGUAUGAGGAUAUUUUACUAUGCAUGCACAAGUAGUGCAGGUUUUGUUUUUAACUGAAUUUCCACGUUUUUUGUAGAAUGAAGAAUUUACUUAUACUAAACUUUUAGCAGCAAUGCCUUUAUUUUACAGGAUAUACAGUAUAAUGUAUACGUUAACUUUUUGCUUGUUUUAGGGAUAUGCAGGAGCUGUAAAGAACAUUUAGCUCAUCUGGCAACAGAAUGGAGAACUAGUAAUUUAGUGUCAACUGACGACGAAUCAAGUAACUGCUUAGAAUUAUCAACAUCUCUGCCGCAGAUUAACGCAGAACAGCCGGUAAUAAGAAACAAUUUUAACUUUAUCACGAGCCAUGAUCCAUGCACUACAUUUUAACAGCUUCUAUUCUUUAUUAGGAAGACAGUAAUACUAGUACGUCAGAUGAACUUGUUGAAGAAAUGGAUAAACUUGUACUUAACGAGACCAGGUGGAGCAUCUUCUCUCCAGACACUGCAAGUACUACAUCAUCAUCAUCUUGUGACGUCACCGAUGUUUCUUCUUCAUUGGUUGCUAGAAGAAAAAAGCUAAACGAAUAUUUGGAAGCCUGUAAUAUUCAUCCUUUGAAAAGACCAAUGUCAGAUUGGAACCAGAUAUCAGAGCGCACACAAGAACGAUACAUCCAAAAAACAUGUGAAAUUGUCUCGUCAGUGUUAAAUGAUAUUUCAUCCACUAAUGCCCCACAUCUUUGGAAAGGGCUUCAAACUUCCGGAAGAAUGAACAAAGCAUUUGGAUUAAGCCAUCAGCCAGCAGAAAAAGCUUAUUUAGAAGCCUUAGCCGAAGCGUAUAAAACCGCAGAUAGCUGGGAUACUCGGCGCCAAGUCUUAUCUACCAUGUCCGAUGUGGCUAAUUUUAAUGUCAUUUCAGAAUAUAUUCCUGGUCUCACACAUUACCGUUUUACUAUGGCUAAUCUUCAUCGACUUCAGUAUGGAAGGUGCUUUCCAGUUCCGUUAAAGACAUCGCCUCGUGUGAAAGUCUUGACUUAACGCUAAAGAACAUAGAACAAGCAAUCGACGAGUGCACUUUUUCCUCGGAGGAAGAAAGAGACGAAACCCUGUAUCUAUUCACAUCUGCAGUGAGAGCCAUUAACUUGUGGAAAGGCCAUCAACUUCGGAGUGUUCGACAAGACCAAGCCAGACUAGACGUGAUUAAUCUCCUAAAAGACGAGAAGACAGUGUACAUAGUGAAUGACUGGGCAAUGAAGUUCCUUCCCCAUCAAUACCGCGAAUCACAGUCAGAUUGGUUUGGGAAAAAGGGAAUCUCCUGGCAUAUCUCUGUCGUUGGCCAAUUAGAGUCUCAAGGCUUCAUUCAUAUCAUUGAAUCUUGUAGCCAGGACAGUGCUGCCAUUGUGUUAAUCAUGCAGCAUGUCCUAAAUACCUUGGAAACCGAGAAUCCGAAAUUGAAGAGAGCAUUUUUCCGCCAAGACAAUGCCGGAUGUUAUCACUCAGCCAGCACAAUUCUUGCAUGCCAUCACAUCGCCAAGACAACAGGAAUAAAGAUUUCAAGGAUUGAUUUCAGCUAUCCCCAAGGGGGGAAAGGGUCAGCUGACCGUCUUGCCGCCACUUGCAAGUGCCAUAUCAGAUUGUUUGUAAACGAGGGUAACGACGUUACAAAUGCUGGAGAAAUGAAAAAUGCCCUGUUAUCACAUGGUGGUGUCGAGGGAGUAAGAGUGGCUGUAGUACCGUGCAUCGAUGAUUCUUUCGUCGCUCAGCUAGAUAAAAUCCCUGGAAUAAGUAAACUGAACAACAUUGAGUUCAAAGGAAGAAAUAUUGUUACAUGGCGAGCUUAUGAUGUUGGAAAAGGAAAAAGAAUAAGUUUAUCGAAGAUCCAAGGUAACCGUGUAUGAUUUUCUAACACAUUCCCUGGGGUAAUGGGUGUGGCAAUAGACAUGCAUGGUGGACACUAAAAAGUAUGGGCGAAAAAGUUAGUUUGGGCAAAUGUAAAGGUAUCAUCCGACAAAAAUCUAUUAAAGCCACUACAAUUAUCUUUAAUUUCGCAUCAGUCGUACGACAAAUUGCCGUAUAAAGUGAGUGCCUUUCAUAGAAGGAGAAAAUUGUAUUAUGCAGCCACCGUUCAUUUUUAGGGCACCAAAGUCAGAACACAUCACUGAUCUGUUCGUAGAGUAAUUAUAUUCUAUCUUAUUGUUGUAGAUAUAACCUUUAAUUGGAUCACUGUCGGGUUUUCAUCUGGAAAUUUUAAACUCGUUAAAUCAACAGCCGAAAACACAAAGCGAAACCAGCAACCUGUGACUACUGAAUUCGAAAAGGCCGUACAAGAAGAGAAGGCAGAAGAUAGUGAAUCACCAAUUUACUCUUGUCCUCAAGAAGGAUGCACUCGUGUUUUCCAGAGGUCUUCUGCACUAGAAAAACAUCUUUCUUUGGAAUCCUGCACCAGCAUUCUUGAAAAGCAGACCAUGUUGGAUGUUGCAAAAGAAAAAUAUGCAUCCCUUUUAAAGGAAGAUGUUUUCGCGAUUCCAUCGAUAAGCACUUCUUGCAGCACUGUCGUUGCCGAUUCCUAUCCUGUUGCCCAGGAAGGGUGGGCACUUAAAGAAUCGACAAAAAGUUAUCGUUUCAACGAAAAGCAAAAAAGCUACCUAACCUCUAAGUUCAACAUCGGCCAAGAGACAGGACGGAAAAUGAAAGCGGACGUUGUAUCGAAAGAAAUGAGGCAUGCGCGCGGGGAGGAUGGUCACCGGCUAUUCGGUGUCACGGAGUUUCUUUCUGUUGAACAAGUUUCCUCAUUCUUUUCUCGCAUGGCUGCAAAGGUCCGACAGCAAAAGAUCACUAUAACGGAAGCAGAUGCUGCGGCUGCUGUAGAAGAGGAUAAUUUUCAUAAAAUGAGAAACAAAGUUUUGUCAUCGUUGCAACUACAACACCCUAUCGUUUUUGAUCAAUAUAAUGUAUGUGAUAUGGUGAAAAGUAGUACUCUGAAAAAAUUGAAAGUGGAUAUGCUUCAACGCCUAUGCGAAGAACUUAACCUCGAUGUUCCAGAAAUGUCUGGCAAGAAGAAGAACACAAAGUUACCUUACAUCAAGCUCCUAGAAAGUGCUGUUUCCGGAUGCUCCUGUAACACUGGCUGA